CUGCCAGGUACAAAUGAAGUCGUUCCCCCGCAUGGUUCAAUCAAAGCCUCACGAAGAAUUUUCUCAAGAUACCAACGUUCCACAAAGGGUACAACCGACAUAGACCACCGAGACUAAUUGCCUUACCUGACAUAUCCCCGCUUGAUACCCAAGGUUCGGUCACCGUUCGUCGGUCACUACGAGCGCCGUCCGCUACACGCCAACCGUCUCAGCCCUCUAGUCGUCGCGUCCAGUGACCAGCCAACAAAUUACCUCUCUUGUGGCGUCCCGUCACGAAGCACAUUGGUUUUAAACACCAUCACCGCGCACCCGUUGUCUUGCAAAUCAGGGUCUUCCACCAGAACUCUUAUCAAGAGGUCUCAGCACACCUCUUUGCUUGCAUACCACUUUACUUUUACAAUGGACACACCCACCCACGAGCUCUUGUCCGCACUAGCAUCUAUGUUCGAUUCUGGCAAAUACUCAGACCUGACCAUUGUCACCGCAAACAAAAGUUAUCCCGUACAUCGCGCUCUCCUCGCUUCGCGGUCAAGUUUCUUCGAAGGAAUCUGCAAUAACUCCUUCCGGGAAUCAGAAACUGGCAUUAUCAACCUCACCGAAGAUGACCCAGAGGCGGUAAAACACAUGGUCCAUUAUUUCUACCACCUGGACUACCUUAACAAACCGCUAUCACGCCACUCCUCACAACGAUCGGCUGGGUCCAUGUCGCCGCGCACGCCGCGCUUCCCAACUCGUGGACCUUCCCAAAAAGCGAAACUGGCGUUGAUCGAGGACCCGCUUCUUGCCAUGCUUUCUGCUGCAACGCCAGCGCCGUCGGUACCCCAGGUGCAGCAGCCAGAUGAUCAAGACAUUCUAGAUGCGCCCGCGAAGCUGCCAGAUACCCCUAUGCAGGAUCAGUUCACCCACGACCCUUUCGAGUAUGUCUACACCAGUGAGGCAAAGGCGGAUGCUGAGCAACCGCAUCUUGUAACGCAUGCCAAGGUCUAUGCCAUCGCUGAGAAGUAUGGCAUCGUUGGACUCAAGUCACUUGCCCGCAAGAAAUUCGCAGACCAGAUCCAGACCCACAUCGACAGCGAAGAGCUACCUGAAGCUUUUCAAGAAGCGUACGAAUCGACAGUCGACACAGACCGAGGGCUUCGAAAUAUCAUCAUCCAAGCUUUCCGUUCCAAUCCGGAUCUUUCAUCUCGAAAGGACGUGGAGAUCGUCCUCCGUGACACUCCGGGACUAGCAUUCGAGCUGUUUAGAAUGGCCUCUGGAAUGCCAGUCACUUCAUGAGCGCUGGCUGUCUUUUGCGCGUUGCUUCGUUUUCUGGGUGCAAUCUGUGAGCGCCGACAUUAGUGCAAGCGAUUACCCACAACUCGUUUUUAGACGAUUUUUAGUUGGCUACGAAGUUACGACCCGGUUUUGUUGAGACUGACUCCUCGGCGACUGUUAGUCUUUUAGAUUGAUUUCUGCGAUGAGGCGCCUGCAUUGUUUCUCUUCACAUGGUACCAUUUCAUCGGGAACGACUGGUUCGCUAACCCACCCGCAACGUUUCUAGAGUCUGCAUGAUAGACGCAUGGCACUUUGGCCGUCCCCAUCAUCUUUCGCUGUACAUAUUAUGUUCACGGCAACAACCGACCGAAUAAUCAAUUCGAUCAAGCCGAUUUAAUGAACGUGCUAAACGUCG